ACUGUAUCGGAACUGAGGUAGUUUGAAAGGCUUGCGCGGUGAACGUACACGUGUUGAGGAAUCAUAUAUCUACAUAGCCACAUAGGUAUAUACCUGAAGUAUUUCUGUGCUAAAAAUUUAAAGUAAGGAAAACGUAGCAAUGGAUAUUUCCGAACUGUUAUCCUGGAUGUUCAAAAUAUUCCCCCAUUCGGAGAAGAAGGAAAAAUAUAUGGUAGUCAGUGAUACAUCGACAACCGCGCAGGGAACCGCGACACCGGGCAACACUAAGCCGCAAAUAUCCCAGAGCAGAAAUGUUAGUUUAUUACGAUAUUAUAAGCGCGUCAAUGUAGAGUAAGAUCUAUCACUGUGCGCGAUUAUAUUUGAGCCAAUAAUUGAUUGUCGUGAGUGAAAAAGAAGCUGGAAAUCAAAGGAUGUCUCUCGAUGGUCGCUGAAACGUAGAUGAUCUAGCGGUCUUGAUUAUAAUAAAUAAAAGGCGAGAUUCUGUGUACAAUGAAAGAAUACUGUUUGAUCGAAACUCAAUUCAGAAUCCGAGUUAGUUUGAGAAACUAAUUAACAAGUUCAAGUCAUAAAAAAGCUAAACCAUGGCGACGUUUGCCAGCAGCAAAAGGUACCUAAAAAUGGAGGCGGUCAAUUUCAGCUACACCAUGGUUCACAUACCAAGCACUUACACCUAUAAUUACUGGGCUAAAACACCCACUGAGGUUGUUGAGCUCACAUGCCUGAUGCCAAAUGGGGUUCUUAUACCUCUGGAAACAAAUCGGAACGCCACGUUAACGGAGAUCAAGGAGGACUUGUGGGAUGAAGCAAGCAAAUAUCCAUUGCAUGGGACUUUGCGAGAUGCAAAUUCCUAUGUAUUUUCAUGUAUUAAUUCCAUGGCUGAGGCCGAGGAAUUAAGAGAUGAAAAUAGACGUCUUUGUGAUAUCAGACCCUUCUGUUCGGUUUUAAAAGUAAUUGAACGUGAAGGAGAAAAGGGGGAUAAAAUAUUAGAUAAUCAAAUAAGUCAUCUCAUUGGGAAAGGAUUGCACGAAUUCGUAGCACUCAAAAACUCAGAGGUGAAUGACUUUCGGUGGAAAAUGCGACUCCUGGGAGAAGAAAUAGCACAAAGUAGACAAAAGAAAUCGUGGGAGGAAAAAGUUUGCUACCAAUUCCCUCCACGACUAGCACCUCCACUCGUUAUACCUAAGAAUAUUGAAACUCGACUAAAGGAUGGAAAUAUCGUGCUCGUCACAAAGUUUGAGAACACAGAGACUGCGUUUACGUUUCAAAUACCGCACAACAUGACACCGCACCAACUUCUAAGGCAGAUAUUGAAUAAGAAGGCGAUAAAUUUAAAUUCUCGCGACGAAAGACCAUCUGACUUUAUACUAAAAGUUUGCGGUCAAGAAGAGUACCUGAUCGGAGAUUACCCGCUUAUACAGUUCUUCUAUAUUCAGGAUUGCUUGGCACGUGAUAUUACGCCGACUCUUGUAACACUCAGUGUAGCUAAUCUACCUAUAGAGCCUGAUGAUAUGUAUGAAAUUCCCGAGAUCGAUAGCCUGAAACGUCCAAGGCCAUCAUUUUCCACACUCACUCUUAGAAAAAAAGGAAAGCAUAUCUCUGCGUGGAAAUUAGAUGAACCAUUUGUGUUUAAUGUAAACGGCAUAUCACGACUGAAUUCAGAUGCCGCCCUCCGUACUGUUGAGAUCGGAGUGCAAGCUGGCUUGUUUCACGGUGGAAAAUCACUGUGUGAAAGUCAGAAGACUAGUGAGCAUGUUGUUACAAGUGAGGGAAGCUGCAAAUGGGAGGAAACUCUGAAAUUUGAUAUCAAAGUUAGAGAUAUACCUCGGAUGUCUAGACUAUGCUUCGUUCUGUAUGAGAUUAGCAAAACUGCCCGAGGACUGAAAAGCCGAAGGCUAGUUAAGGACUCAAAGCAAGAGUAUUACAUAAAUCCUUUAUGUUGGGCUAACACAACGAUAUACGAUUUUAAGUCGCAACUGAAAACUGGCGCCAUGACGCUAUACACGUGGACCUAUGCCGAAGACAUGCAAAAUGAGGAUUUACUUCAUCCCCUUGGAACCGUAGUUUCUAAUCCCCAUAUAGAUCAUGCUGCUGCACUUAUGCUCACCUUUCCAAAUUAUGGUAGAGACAAAUCUGUGCUUUACCCUUCAUUAGAAAAGGUAGUGGAAUACGCAACAAGUUUGCGUAAAGCUGGAGGAGAAUCUACAUAUGAAGAAGAACUGUAUCAGGAUUUGGAUAGUAGUAAGUCUCAACAAUUAGAACAAUUGAGAACUUUAGCAGAUAGCGAUCCCCUGCACGAACUUCAUGAACAGGAGAGGAAGACUAUGUGGACUCUGAGGUAUCACUGUCUACAAAAAAUACCCACCCUUUUGACCAAGCUCUUGCAUUGUGUAGAGUGGAAUGAUCAUAGGGAAGUCGCUGAAGCAACGGCAUUAGUUCAGCAAUGGCCAAAAUUGCCUGUUGAAAAAGCAUUGGAAUUGCUGGAUUAUGCUUACGCUGAUCAAACAGUUCGAAGUUUUGCAGUUCGUUGCUUGAUGGAUGUUAGUGACGAAGACUUGAGUCUCUAUCUAUUACAACUUGUACAAGCUCUCAAGCAUGAGAACUACCUCUCGUGUGAACUAACAGAAUUCUUGCUCAGGAGAGCACUGAACAAUCAGAGAAUUGGACACUAUCUGUUCUGGCAUUUGCGAUCUGAAAUGCAAGUAGGUUCUGUGUCUGUACGUUUUGGACUGAUAUUAGAAGCUUAUUGCCGAGGGAGUCAAGAACACAUGCGGGCACUCGUCAAACAAAUGGAAUGCCUUGAUAAAUUAAGAUCGACUUCGGAGUUCGUGCGGCAAAAGAAGGAUCGCAAAGCCGCGUUGCAAGAAUUUCUCCAAGAACCACACUGUCGAGAAGCAGUUUCUAACAUAUUAAAUCCUCUUGAUCCGAGCUAUAGAUGGAAAUACGUAAAAAUGGAAAAAUGCAGAGUUAUGGAUAGCAAAAUGCGUCCCCUCUGGCUUGUUUUCGAAAAUGCAGAUCCAUACGGAGAUGACAUUUACCUAAUCUUAAAGCAUGGAGAUGACCUGAGACAAGACAUGUUGACACUACAAAUGCUUCGUAUAAUGGAUAAGCUAUGGAAAAAUGAGGGUUUGGAUUUACGUAUGAAUCCUUAUGGUUGCAUAUCUACCGAACACAGAGUAGGAAUGAUAGAAGUUGUUCUCAAUGCAGAAACUAUUGCCAAUAUCCAAAAAGAAAAAGGAAUGUUUUCUGCUACUUCGGCUUUCAGGAGAGGUUCCCUGCUUGCAUGGUUGAAAGAUCACAACCAAUCUGAAGCUGCAUUAUAUAAAGCAAUAGAAGAAUUCACACUCAGUUGCGCAGGUUAUUGUGUUGCAACUUACGUGUUAGGAAUCGCUGAUCGUCAUUCAGACAAUAUAAUGGUGAAGAAGACUGGUCAACUAUUCCACAUUGAUUUUGGCCACAUUUUAGGUCAUUUUAAAGAAAAGUUUGGCUUCAGAAGAGAAAGAGUGCCUUUUGUUCUCACAAAUGAUUUUGUCCAUGUAAUAAACAAAGGUAAAAAAGGUCAGGCGGUUGAGUUUCAACGGUUUCAAAAAUAUUGCGAACAAGCCUUCCUUGUAUUAAGGAGGCACGGUGGUCUUAUUCUAUCGCUAUUCGCAAUGAUGAUCUCGACUGGCCUACCGGAACUCUCGUCGGAAAAAGAUCUUAAUUAUCUGAGAGACACCCUAGUGUUAGAAAUGUCUGAAAAUGAAGCACUGAUGCAUUUUCGUAGUAAAUUUGACGAGGCAUUGUGCAAUUCCUGGAAAACUUCGUUGAACUGGGCUUCCCACAAUAUGGCCAAGAACAACAAAACGACAUGAACCUUUUCUCAUUUCGUUACUAGGUAAGACUGUCUCAUUCUAAUCUUAAGCUGUUCAAUAGAUUAAAUAUUAUGGACAAUAUUUUAUUCACGAAAGAUCUCAUAGGCCCGGCUUUAUGAAAAGUUUACGGUAGAUCUAUGUACUGAAGUAAAUACGUAUGCGAUCAUCGUCUAGUUACGAAUGUAUAAAUCAUAGCUAUUUCGUUCACAUCUCGAGGGCCAAGGAUAAGCUGGGAUAGCUGAAUUCUGAUACCCCAUUCCUUUGUGCAUGUGUAACACUGCUUAAGAUCUGUACGAUUGAUGAGACAGUAGCGUUAUGUGCUCAAAUAAUUGCCAUAAUCCCCGACAAAUGGUACAGACUAUCACGAUGAUAGAUAGUGAAUCUGAAUAAACACAAUGUAUGGCUUGUUUUUCGCUGUAUUUUUCUAUUGUGUUCAAAAAGGUAUAAGGCAUCGAAGUUCAUGACGCAUCUUUACCAAAACUGGUUAGUUCGUUUAGCUAAAUUUAUGCAAGCUUAUCAAUUAUUACCAGAAGACCCCAGAACUAAUCGUUUUGCUUUUGUACAUUAACUGUGAAUUGAAAGCUGGGUCUUGCAUUUGGCCAUUGAGUACCUAUACCAUGUAAGUAGAUUGGCUACUCUAUGGUCCAAUGUAUAUGUAGAUAAAAGUAUAUGCAUAUAUUAUAGUUUAUAAUUAUAAAUAGGUAUAGCUGAUGAAAAUAACAGGGAAACAAUAAAUUGAUGUGUCAAAUUCGUAUGUUUUUUUUCAUAUUCAAAUUCUUGUUAUACUAUGUAAACAAUAAAUGAAAUCCUUAUCAUUUUGGUUAUGAGCUAUUUGGCUUUUAAUAGUGACUCAUUUCUUUAGUUAGAAUCACAUCAAAAAUAGGUGUUUUAUAAACAGUCACGAGUGGCAAUGUGAUACCCAAAGCAAUAUGUACUCAUUUACUAAAGCACGUUGAGUUUUGUGCAUUGAACACUUAAUUGGCGUCAGGUAUUCAAGCCUAGAUGUAACUAUUAUUCUCAUUAGCAAAAUUUUAACCAUUCUAUGUUCGGAAUUUCGAUUGCAGUAGAUUUUACCAGGUAUAUUUGCGUUAGAUAGAAUGUGAUAAAAUUAUAAAGCGUUAACAUCCGUGUGUUGAAAUUUUUUUCCUUCCAUUUCUUUUUUUUCUGGUGUGAGCUAAUAGACAAUUUCCUAGCAGUAAGAAUUCUCAUCUUUUCUCUUGUUUCUCUUCAAUGCUGGUAAAUAAAUGGCUAGUUAAAUAUCAACAUGUUUAUUAGUCGUUGCUCUGGGACGGCCGAAGCCCUAAUUAGAUAAAUUCAAUAUAGAAUGGUUCAAAUGAAUCGCCCUUUAUUUGCUAAUGCACAUAAAAAUAGUUAAUCAGAGAUUUGUACAAUCAAUAAUGUGUCAACUAGACGUUUAAAUCAUAAGCAUAAUACAUGUUAAACAACGGUAUAUUAUUAAUCUAUCGGAUAUCAAAUAGAUUCACAUUUUUAAUUAGGUAAUUUAUUUGUGGUAGUACAAUCCGUUCUAGCGAUAUUUCAUACCAUUGCUACUGUGGUAUAAUUCGAAUAGGCACAGGAGUAAUAAGAGACUGCAGAAUGGCAGGUGCAAAUAUGUUACAUUAUUUUGUGACACUAGACUUCCAACUUGAUGAUAUUUUCUUGUUUCUAUUUUGGAAAUUCCUGGUUAAUAAUUUCUCAACGUAUCAGCUUGAAGAAUAGAAAGAGAGAAAGAUACUAUGAUAUAUGAUCUCACCAAGAUAGAAGUAAUGAACGAAGAUUACAAGUGAGACCGGAUACCAAUCAGUUUAGAUUCAAAAUUCAAUUCAUGAAAUCAGAAUCUUUUGGAACAAUACCAUUCAUGUGAACAUUAUCAGUGCUGAAUAUGCGAACUUGGCGAUUCAUAUCAUUUUGGUCAUAAGUAUUGAUGAAUUUAAAAUGUUUAGCCUUUAUAGUUGCGGUAGGUUCGGAUCCAGAACUUUCAUUAAAUCGUAAUUACAUAAUUCAUCAAUAGCUGAUGUGCGCCGUUAUAAUUAAAAGAAAAAAAAAUGCAGAACAUUUUGUGUCCGAUUAUUGUUAAGAGCCAACUGAUGCUGUGGUUAACUCCUAUUGAUUUAUAGAUAAUAAAAAUUUUUUUGUUAUACUUGCCCAUAUCUUUAACUGAUGUAGGGGCGCUGAAAUAAAUCGGCUGAUUAAAUCUGUUUACAAUUUAAGGAUGGUGAAUUCGGGUGACUUACUGAAAAAUGACUGUAGCAAUUAGAAUAUUUAAUUAUCAUAGAAUUAGAAAUGAAAUGAAUAGUUUUCUUUUCCUUUUUUCUUUCUUUGCCCAAUUGCCAUAGAUACGUGCAUUGGCUCUGUAAUGUAACAAAAUUGAAACAAUUAUUAUUAUAAGACUAGGAAUGGGAUAACUAGCUUUGGUCGCAAUGCAACCAAGCACAAUGCAAUUAUUAUUAAAUCCUAAAUACAAACGUAUACAAUUAGAUUUAUUUAUUGAUAUGUUAAGUGUUAUAAUACUGUCAAGAUUUAUUCACAUUCUUGCUUUUUAUGCGUAAUAUCUGACACCGAUAUUUUCAGCGGAAGACUUUUACUGGUAGAUAUACGCAAUUUAUAUGCGAUUGGCUAACGUAUGCUCUGGAAACUAAGGAUAUAAAUCGUCGACAUUUCUUGACAGUAUUUACCACAGUAAUCGUAGUAACGUAAGCUAAACUUGUUCAAUAAUGAUUUGGGCAUUGUAUUUAUCACACUUAUGAAUCAAAUCAUUUUGAUUCAUUUUUAUUGGUAGUCUUUAUCACAUGAUUUUCGUACAUAUACACAGAAGUGUUAUCUAAAGAUGUAGGUCUGAGGGAUGAAUCCGAUGAAAACUUUCAUUUGAAUAUAAAUCUCAUGUAUAUUUAUAUCAUUAUCGAUUGAAAGUUGUCGUUGAUUCAUGUUGAGUAAACAAGCGUUGAGUCGAACAUAGAAAUUAAACCUCGAAUAAGACGCUGAUUACCAAAUCCGAUUAAUUAACGAAAAUAGAAUUUUCCAAAUUAGCUACCGAUGAUUAUUCAAUACAUUUUUAUUCAAUUCUACACGUAAAAUUCUUCAAAUAACAAUAUCUAAAAAAUUCAGAGUUUAUCAAAGUGCAACAUGUGUUCAUUUUUCAAUUUUUUUGCAUCAUUCAUUGGAUUAGACCAAUAAAAGAUAAUGAGCUCGGAGGCCCCAGUUCCUUGUCAGUAAAACUUG